CAUAUUGAGCCAACCUGCGGCUGGAUUUCUAGAAGAUCCGUUCGUGGCUGAAGAAUCCGAUUCCAGUAGCAAUAUUUCUGAUACGAUAACCAGAGGCGUUCUGGACGCUUUGUACAACUGUUAAUAGUAAUCCGAAUAUCGAUAAAAUGGCGUCCCUAGUAAGAAGACAACAGAUAACUGUCUUUUGCACAGCUUGGAUUAGUUAUUCUGUGGUAUAUUUUUUGAGGAAGCCCAUAGGGAUUAUCAAACCAAGUUUAGAGUCUGAAUUUCAGUUAUCUAAACAAAGCUUGGGAUGGUUAGAUGUUGCGUUUCUUUUGCCGUAUGCUACCAUUCAAGUUGUUGGGAGUCAGGUUGGAGACCGAUUUGGACCCAGAUUGACAGUUGCACUCUGUCUCUCAAUCUCAGGAACGGCCAUGUUCACCUUCGGAAUCUGGAGUUCAUACAUAAUGCUUCUAGUCGUUUUGUGUUUCAAUGGUUUAGCACAGGGCCCAUGUUGGCCGGCAUUUUGUAAAGCCGUCUGCGCGUGGUAUCCAAAUGAGAAACUUAAUUCAGUUGUUGGAUUCUUGUCCACUUCAGUUUUUGUGGGUGGGGCCCUUGGAACGGCGAUAGCUGUCCAUCUUCAAUCUAUAUACGGUUGGCGAAUGGUAUUUCUGCCUGCUUCACUAGUAGCAGUUGCACUUGGGCUUGUGAAUUACUGCGUUAUGCUUACACCUCAAGAGAAACACUUAUCAGUUCCUGGCAAAGAGGUCGUCAUCAACCCAAUUAAAAUUGGUGACGACAUGCGACACCGUAUGACGUGUUGGCAACUUUGGAAAAUUCCAGCUGUACCUGAAGUGACGGCAACGGUGCUGUGCCUGAAGGUGGUUCGUUACUGCAUGUUUAUGUGGCUACCAAUGUACCUUGUUCACUACUUACAGUAUUCCGUUGCUCAAGCUGGACUAUUCUCCACUAUUUUUGAUGUUGGUGGAAGCAUGGGAAGUCCAUUAUUGGGGCUGAUUCUUGACAGAAAAUUCAAAAAGAACACAUUGCUAGGAAUGUGGCUCUGUGUGACCGUGAGCUCAAUUAGUAUGGCGUUAUUCGCAAUGACGGCUAGACUGGGGUUUCUUCACAACGCAUUGUUCAUGUUCAUAGCUGGAGCCACAAACGGCGGAGCUGAUUCAUUGCUAGCCGGAUCUGUUUCAAUGAAAAUGGGCGAGGCAAAUGGAAUGAUGUCCGGUGCUGCACUGACUGGACUGAUAAAUGGGGUUGGAACAAUGGGCGCAGUUUUGGAAGGUCCCGUUGUUGGUUUUGUAAGCGACAACUAUGGAUGGGCAGCAAUGCUGCUGAUGAUGAUUUUCCUUUCUGCUUUAUCGAGUUUGACGAUUUUUCGAGCUAUGGUUAUUCAGCGAAGAGUGGACCGACUUAGUGGGGGGUCUUAUGAAGACAAAGCACCACUUUUAGCAUAGUAUGCAUACACAGUCUCAUAAAUAUUUUAGUUUAAACAAUAGUUUAAACUUUAAACUAAACCUUCUAUGCCUUGUAUGUGUUGUACGCUAAAUGAUUUUAGUCUAUAUAUUUGUUUUGUGAUGUUCCUUCUUGUGGUACUUUGUCGCUACUGAUAUUUAUUAUAAUUUCCUCAAAAACGAUUAUGUUGUAUUAGACAUUUAACUGAUAAUAAUUUGUGCUAGAUCAUGAUAAUGUCCUAUUAAUAGUUAACGAUCUUAUUUUGUAAUCAAUUUGUCAUUAUCGAAAAUGCAUACCCUUAAAAAUUAUGGAACGCAGUAAGACACUUUAUGAGCAAUAGCACCGAUGUUUAUUUUGAUAUUUUUUAUGAUUUAACACGGAAAUAAAUAAUAAUAGUCGAACCCAUAA